AUGCCACAAAAUGAGUAUAUUGAAGAAGCAAUUAAAAAAUAUGGAAGAAGGCUAGAUUAUGAGGAGAGAAAGCGUAAGAAACUUGCACGUGAAGCUCAUAGUUCUUCAAAUUUUGCAAAAAAAGUUCAUGGAAUAAAAGCCAAAUUAUAUAAUAAGAAACGACAUGCAGAGAAGAUACAAAUGAAAAAGAAGAUUAAACAACAUGAAGAAAAAUCUUCUAAACAAAAGGACACUCAAGCACUUUCUGAAGGUGCUAUUCCAACAUAUUUGAUGGAUCUUCGUGGUAUUGCAGAAGAUGAAAUGUUUAGAGUAUGGAAACGUAUGGUAACAAAGGCAACAUUUGUUGGUGAUGGUUUUACUAGGAAACCUCCUAAAUAUGAAAGAUUUAUUAGACCGAUGGCUUUACGUUAUAAAAAGGCACAUGUUACACAUCCUGAAUUAGCAGCCACUUUUCAUUUGCCAAUCAUCAGUGUUAAGAAAAAUCCUCAAAGUCCUUUAUAUACUCAACUCGGUGUUAUAACUAAAGGAACAGUUGUAGAGGUUAAUGUUUCAGAAUUAGGACUUGUAACAACAACAGGAAAAGUUGUAUGGGGAAAAUAUGCUCAAGUUACAAACAAUCCCGAAAAUGAUGGAUGUAUUAAUGCAGUUUUACUAGUAUAA